AUGCAUUGCCUGUGGAGAUUCCAGGGACUUUACACCCUAUUGGGUAAAAAGUUGUCCAGCCGCAUCCUCCACAUUAACAUCAGGCAACUGACGUUCUUGCAGUGGGACCACCAGGAAGUGCCCGCCAAGUUCAACUUCGCUAGCGAUGUGGUGGAUCGCUGGGCUGGCAUGGAGAAGGUUGGCAAGAGACCUCCAGGUCCAGCCCUGUGGUGGGUGGGCAGCAGGGGGCAGGAAGUGAAAUGGAACUUCAGAGAACUGAGUGAAAUCAGCCAGCAGACAGCCAAUGUCCUCUCAGGGGCCUGUGGCCUGCAGCGUGGGGACCGUGUGACAGUGGUGCUUCCCCAAGUCCCAGAGUGGUGGCUGGUGAUCCUUGGCUGCAUGCGAGCAGGCCUCGUCUUCAUGCCUGGGACUAUCCAGAUGAAAUCCACGGACAUACGGUAUAGACUACAGGUGUCCAAGGCCAAGGCCAUUGUGGCUGGGGACGAAGUGGCCCAAGAAGUGGAUGCCAUUGCCCCAGACUGCCCUUCUGUGAGAACCAAGCUGCUGGUGUCUGAGAAAAGCCGGCAUGGAUGGCUGAACUUCAAGACACUACUCAAGGAGGCAUCCACCACUCAUCACUGUGUGGAGACUGGAAGCCAGGAAGCUGCUGCCAUCUACUUCACUAGUGGGACCAGUGGCCCCCCUAAGAUGGUGGAACAUUCCCACGCAAGCCUGGGCAUCAAGGCUCAAAUGGAUGCUAGCACUUGGACUGGCCUGCAAGCCUCUGAUGUAAUAUGGACUUUAUCAGACACAGGUUGGAUACUGAACAUUUUAACCUCGUUCCUGGAACCUUGGACAUUGGGAGCAUGCACAUUUAUUCAUCUCUUGCCAAAGUUUGAUCCUCAGAUUGUUCUAAAGGUGCUGUCCAGCUACCCCAUCAGUAACAUGGUGGGUGGCCCCCUCGUUUACCGGAUGUUACUGCAACAGGACCUUUCCAGGUACAAGUUCCCACACCUGCAGAACUGCUUCAGUGGAGGGGAGGCCCUUCUUCCAGAAACUCUGGAAAACUGGAAGGCCCAGACAGGCCUGGACAUUUGGGAAUUCUAUGGCCAGACAGAAACGGGACUCACCUGCAGAGUUUCUAGGACAAUGAAAAUCAAGCCAGGCUCCCUGGGAACAGCCAUUCCUCAUUAUGACGUGCAGGUCAUAGAUGAUGACGGCAAUGUCCUGCCUCCUGGCAAAGAGGGAGACAUAGGUGUCAGGGUCAAGCCUGUCAUACCAGUAGGCAUCUUCUCUGGCUAUGUGGACAAUCCCAAGAAGACAGCAGCCAACAUUCGAGGAGAUUUUUGGGUUCUGGGAGACCGGGGAAUCAAGGAUCCAGAUGGGUAUUUCCAGUUUAUGGGGCGGAAAGAUGACAUCAUAAACUCCAGUGGGUACCGGAUUGGGCCCUCAGAAGUUGAGAAUGCACUGAUGGAGCAUCCUGCUGUGGUUGAGACAGCUGUCAUCAGCAGCCCAGACCCUGACCGAGGAGAGGUAGUAAAGGCAUUUGUGGUCCUGGCUCCAGAGUUCCUGUCCCAUGACCAGGACCAGCUCACCAAGGAGCUACAGCAGCAUGUGAAGUCAGUGACAGCACCAUACAAGUACCCAAGGAAGAUGGAGUUUGUCUUGGACCUGCCCAAGACCAUCACAGGGAAGAUUGCACGAACAGAGCUUCGAGCCAAGGAAUGGAAGACAUCUGGACAAGCUGGGGCCCAAUGA